AUGUCGACGAUAGCGCGUUGGAUGAUCGAGGAGGGCGACGACGACGACGACGGCGAUAGCGAAUGGGGGCCUGACUACGAGAACGACUCUAUUUCGGUCGAAGACGAAGCGAACGAGGACGGGACGCCCAUCCUCUCCGCGGAACAGCGCGCCCAGCUGGACAAGGUUUUCAAGGGAGAAGUCUAUACUGCCAAAGCUUUUCGUCGGUCAACAUUCGAGGCAAAACAGCGGGAAGGCCUUGAAUUUGAGCGCAUUGCGCAUCAAUUGCGUGGCUAUAUUGAAGAUAAACAAACGAGCCAGACCUCGUUGAAGCGGAGACAGUUGAUGUUUCGCACUUUGUGCGAUCGAGAAGUCGUGGGCAUGUCGUCCAAUGUACAACUGGUUAAGCUUCAGGAGACUUUUAUGCCUUUUCAGGAGCACAAGCACUGUCGCGUUGUCGACUCAGUGCGUGACCGACUCUACUGUGGCGGGUUUAAUAGUACCGGGUCGAGGUUCUUGACCGCUGGACAACGCGGGGCGAUCAUGCUCUAUGAUACUAUUGACUGGACCCGGGCAGCUUCUUUGCCGGUGCGUGACGUCAGAUGGACCGUCACGGACGCGAAGUUUACGCCGGACGACAAGAGUGUUUUGUACUCGACGAUUAAUAGCAACGUCCGCAUGGUGAGCAACAAGUUUGAUGAAGAUGGGAAGGAGGACGUGUACCCGUUAGUACGUUCGGUGAGAGGAAGAGAUGAGAGUCAGUUGAUGCGCAUGAAUCGGUCUGGACGUUUUGGCGUGUGGUGCAUUGACAUUAAUGCAUCAGGCACGGAAUUUGUGGCGGGCACGUCGCAGAGCAGUGUCGUGUUGAUGGAUAUGGAGACCCGUGUGCCAAUGUGCCACGUUGUAGGACAUCACGAUGACGUGAAUGCCAUUGCGUUCGUGGACGGACCUUUGCAUACAAACGUUUUCGUAAGCGGGUCCGAUGAUAUGUUGAUCAAAUUGUGGGACCGCCGAGUGCUGUCGGAGUCGUACCCCAAGCCCCAGAGUGUUUUUACAGGCCAUACGGACGGCAUCACACACAUUUCGUCGAGGGAUGAUGGCUACUACUUCAUUUCAAACUCGAAGGACCAGACCACUAAGCUUUGGGAUAUUCGAAAGUGCUCGUCGUCGAAUCAAUUAGAUGAAGCGGCAGCGUUUCGUAAACCGUUUUCGUGGGAUUACCGCUUUCAGGCGUACCCGGGACGCAACAUGAUGCCAAUCGAGCAUCCAAAUGACAAGUCUGUGAUGACGUAUCGUGGCCACAUGGUUGUUGAGACGCUCAUCCGUUGCUACUUCUCGCCAUUACACUCUACCGCCCAAAAGUACGUCUACACUGGCUCUGCCGAUGGCCGUGUAUACGCCUACGACAGCAUUUCCGGCGACCUGGUUGAAAUCUUUGCGAUGAAGCCUAACGGACUCACUCGUGACGUCCGCUGGCACCCGUUCGAGCCGACGAUCGUGUCUCCCGACUUCUACGGCAAGUUGUGCGUCUGGCAGCGUCAGGACGAUGAAGAAGACAAAUGCUUACCGGUCGCCGAGCAUUGA